UCUGCUCUCCUCCACCUCAGCUUACUCAUCCCUCGUCCACUUUCUCUAUAAAUCUCUGUCGGCACAUCGGCCGAUCAAGCAGAGAACCAACAGUACAGUUCGAUUCAUCAGGCAACUCGAUCAAGCAAGCAUCUCUGAUUCUCUGAUCCCUUUUCUCGAAUCCAUCCUUCUCUGUUCUUCGGGGAGCCCGCGCUCAGCUCGUCGGCGAGAUGGCGUACAUGCGCGUGACGCACCGCGAUGAGGAGGGCAAGAAGGUGACGGAGAAGAUGCCCAUCCCGGAGACGCGCCGCCCGGACACCGCCAAGCACUUCGAGCGCAAGCUGGAGGAACAGGGCUUCCACCGCCUCGAGCGCCACCCCGCCAACGCGCCCCGCGGCGUCGGCAUCGGCACCCCGCCGCCCAAGUCCGGGCGCGGCGGCAAGUACACCUGGGAGGGCCCCGGCGGCCUCGUCGAGGACGAGCUCGACCCGGCGCCGCCCGCCAUCGACCCCAACGAUCCGAACUACGAGGAGGAGGAGGGAGGACCGGCUGGGGAUGAGGACGACGCGGCCAAGGAGGUGGUCGUCGGGGAGGUGGAGGUCGCCAAGGUCGCCGAGGAAAGGGACGGCGUCGCCAGGGUCGACGUCGCGCCGCCGCUCCUCCAGGAACAGAAGCAGUAGCUAGUUCUGGUUGCUUCUGAAGGCUCAUCCUUGUGGUGUGGGUUUGCUCCUUGUUGAGCUAAUGAGCUUGGAUGUGAACUGAUGUGUUUUGUUGUACAAAUCAAUCAAUAAUCGAAUGUGAAUCAAACUCCCAACUAAAGUUCAAGCUC